CGUAGCUGCGCUGCCGUCGACCUAAUAAUGGGGCGAGUGCGGAGGGUGAAACGGGGAUGAUUCUGGCAGUAGCAUGCCGCCCAUCGUGCCGUAAACAUCGUGCAACUCAUUCAAAGAGAAAUCCGUUUCCCUCUCAUCCUUCGUCUGACUUCGACUUCCCUAAACAGCCUGUAACAAGUAAACAACCCCUGCAGCCACGUAUUCCACGAAAACAUAUGUAACGUUUACACGGGAUAAAUAAACAUGUAGAGGAAAAAAGAACGAUAGAGGAAACAAUGGAGGACAAAGGGGAAUUAACGAAGACACCCUCACCCUUGAAUAUCAACGAGGCAAUCGAGGAAGAGGUGUUGAACCAAAAGUCUGCUAGAAUACUUAAGAACGAUCUUUUGCUAUACGAAGCCGUAAUUAAGAACGAAGCGGACACCGUUCGGAAAGUGCUCAAAGAAACCGUCGACGUCAACUCGAAAAAUAAUUAUGGUAGAGCACCAAUUCAUUGGGCAGCAUCCAGAGGCAACACAGAGAUCAUCGAGAUGCUGAUACAAUCGAAAUGCGACAUCGAAGCCAAAGAUAAGUUCGGCAUGCGCCCUUUACACAUGGCCGCGCGGUAUGGACACAGGGACGCGGUGAAAAUGUUAAUCAACGCUGGGGCAAGCGUGUCCGCGAUGAACAAGAAACAGCACACCCUUUUAAUGUGCGCUGCUCGAGGCAACAACAUCCGCGUCGUCGAAUACCUUUCCGAGGCCGUGGAAUCGUUGAACGGCGAUGCAACGGAUUGCACCGGUGCGACUGCACUUCAUCAUGCAGCCAGCGCUGGUCAUCCGGCUAUGAUAACCGCCCUCUCCAAUAUAUCACGGAUCGAGCUGAAUGCCACGGAUAAAAAAGGGCAGACACCGAUCCAUUGUGCCUGCGCCGAGGAGCAUCUGGAGGCUGUCGAGGUUCUGAUAGGGCUCGGGGCGAACGGGGACGCGCAGGACAACGAAGGGAACACACCGCUGCACGUGGCCACAAGAACGAGGCACACAGCCAUAGCUCAAUUAUUAUUAAAGGCCGGGGCGAACACCGAGCUGACCGACGAAAUGGGUUUCACUCCGCUUCACGUGGCCGCGAGUCAAGGCUGCAAAGGGAUCUUGGACUCGAUGAUUCAACACGGCGCAGCGCUCAACAAACAGUGCAAGUACGGGAACACGCCUUUGCACUUGGCCUGUCAGAACAACGAAGUUGAAACGGUGGAGAUACUGAUCAAUAAGGGCGUCGAUUUGAAUUGUUUAAAUUCGAGACUACAAUCGCCUAUACAUAUCGCCGCCGAGAUGGGACACACGGACAUUUGCGAGCUUUUGCUUGCAGCAGGUGCGAAUAUCGAGCAAAGGGAACAGAGCGGGAGAACGCCACUUUACAUCGCGGCGAGGGGUAGUUUCACGGCCAUCGUGGACAUGAUCAUUAAAACAGCGAGAUUGGACUACCCCACACCGGAAGAUUCGACGGUUGAAAAGGAAAUUCGAGACCUGACCCCGGCAAGAAGAAGAUGGCGAGAAGGAUCCAGGGGUGGAAGUAUCUCCAGCAACAAUAGCGGUCUUCCAGAGUACGUUCGAUCGGUUCUAUGGAAGUUGGCGUACAAACAACUGGGACCCGAAGACUGGAAGAAAUUGGCACUCCAUUGGGCUUUCACCCAGGAUCAGAUUCGGGCUAUCGAGCAUCAGUACACGGCUCCUAUUAUAGGUCGUUCGAGUUAUAAGGAACACGGUUUCCGGAUGCUGAUGAUCUGGGCCUCGGGAUUGAAUCCGGAAGUUCCCAUAACCAAGGAACUCUGCGACGCUUUGUUUGCGGUAGAUAAAAAGUCCAUUGCUGAGUCUGUUCGCAAGCACAUGGAUCAAGAAAAAGAGGGGAAAUUGAAGUUGAGUAAACAGCGUUGCCAUAAAUGCUCCAUCGCGUAAACGUACUGAUUUAUUAUUCCUCUUAAGGCGCGGAAUUAAAUUUUAAAAAUGGAAGAAGGGACUUUGAUAGAAAAAUUGGAGAGUUCUAGCGAUACUUCCGUUGUGACAUAUCUCUAUAGACGCUCACCUUACCUUUUUUACAGUAUGUUACAUUAUAGAAAUAUUAUUAUUAUAGAGACGAGGAAAAAAAAUGAUCAACGAAACGAUACAAAUCAACGAAAGCUUUCGAUGUAACGCGAAAUCGAUUCGAAAUUCUUUGAAAAUCAAUUAAGAAAUGAUAAAUCAUUUCUGAGUAUUUUUGGAAAAUUGGCCUCAAAUCUAUUCGUUUCUUAACAAACAUAAAUUUUCACGAUCAACUAAACCGUCCUAUCUCAAUUCAUUCUCCGUUAUAAUUUGAAGGUGAUUUUUGGAAAUAUAAAAAUACGUACCUUAGAGUAAGUAAAAGCGAAGCAGUUUUGCAGGGCUUUCGAUGUGAUAAAAUCGUAGAUUAGCUGACGAUCAGGAAAGGAAAUACGUCUCAAAGCUUUCAGUAAUCGUACAAUUCGAUAAAGACAAUCCACAUAUCCGAGAACCGUGUACAAUUAAAUAAAUACGUAAUUAAAUGUGUACAUAUCUUUUCUCGUGACUCAUGCUCAAGUAGAAAACGCAGUGAGAUAGAAAUUCUACCACUGAAACUUGAUAUUCAAUCUCGUAAAUUCAAUUUUUAGCUAUAAAUAUAUGAUUUUAAUUUAAUAAAAUCAUUCCACUAGAA